AUGGAUGUAGACCCUCUACAAGACACUGUGCCAUCUCGCUAUGCGAUCGAAUCCGAUGAAGAAGAUGAAUUUAAUCCUCUACAACUCCGCCCAUCGCAGGACGUCUCAGAACCUGUGAGCAUCAAGAUGGUUGGCAGUGUAUCGACGGCCGGAAAGCUCAUCGUUGCUUCUGGAGAUGCGGGAAGGAUUUGGGCACGUGGAGCCAAUCUGGGAGAGCAGACAGGCGCUGUUUACGUGAAUGAUAUCUCAAUGGGCCUCUGUUUCAAUCCAAAAUGGACAAGUGCUACAAUAAUCAUAUCAGAAGUCACGACUAGAUUGCCAAUAUGGGCGAUGAACGAAUACGGGAAGCAAAUCCUCGAAACGCUCAGGCCUUCAAGGGUUUCCCUGUUGGACAUAUAUCCUGUGCCUUCAUAUAUAACUUCCGAGCCGCUGACUUUCCAAAAUGCGCCCAUUCGGUACCUCUCCACUACUAACGUGGAUCCUGUCAUUGCACCAAAGUUCUCUCCGCCCAAUCUCAUCUCCUCUACCUCAGCUGCCUUCAUGGCAAACCUGUCAAUCUCCAAAGUCCAAGGCGUCUUGCUUGUUCUGCCCUACCCACGGAUACCUGCUCCAGCGCCCAGAAAGCUCUCUCCGUCAAAUAUCGAGCAGCUUUCAGAUGACUUUGCACCCUGGAACGAGGACACCAUGUCUACUGCACAGACCUUGCUGUUCAAGGCUAUCGAUGAGAAAGCCCCAGACGCAUGGGUAAACAAGUCUUCGAAGGGAACCACCAUUCACACUACCAAAAGACAGAAAGGCGACAUCGGCGAAGGGGGGAUGUACAUCUAA